CCCCCAUUCCUCUUCAUCUUGUAGUCUUCUAUUCUCUGACUCUCUAAAUUUUAGAUAUCUUCUCUUUAUAAUUUGCAAUCCCAUAUACCAAAAGAGCCAUGGUUGCUUCAAUGGAGGCUGCUCGAAAUGCAAUUGGCGUUGUUGGAAACAUCAUUGCACUCUUCCUCUUCCUGUCCCCGGUGCCAACUUUUAUCCAAAUUUGCAAGAAAGGUGCGGUGGAGCAGUACUCAGCAGCCCCAUACCUAGCCACCCUGACCAACUGCAUGAUCUGGGUCCUGUACGGGAUCCCCUGGGUGCACCCAAACAGCACCCUGGUAUGGACCAUCAACGGCACUGGCACCCUGAUUGAGCUCGUCUUCAUAACCCUCUUCCUGAUCUACUCCGAGAAGAAGAAGAGGCUGAGGUUGGUGGUAGUGGUGGUGUUGGAGAUCAUCUUCAUGGUGGCCCUCACGGUUCCCGUCCUCACUGUUUUAAAGACCACCGAGCGCCGCUCUAUGGUGGUUGGCACUAUCUGCAUUUUAUUCAACAUCAUGAUGUAUGCCUCACCCUUAUCAGUUAUGAAAAUAGUGAUGCGGACAAAAAGUGUGGAAUAUAUGCCCUUUUGCCUAUCCUUAGCUUCCUUUGCCAACGGUGUUGCUUGGACCAUUUAUGCUCUCCUCCCAUUUGACCCCUUCAUCUGUAUUCCAAAUGGGCUUGGGACAUUGUCUGGUCUAGCCCAGCUGAUAUUGUAUGCAACAUAUUAUAAGUCCACAAAGAGGCAGAUAGAAGCAAGGCAGGCCGCCCAGAAAGAAGCAGAGUUGGUAGGAAAUGGGCAUCCCAAGAACCACAACAUUUCUGUCUGAACAUUUUCAUAUAUAACAUAUCUACUAAUUAAUCUAGAUCUACCUAAAUUUAGCUUUAGUUCCAAAAAAUAUAUAUAUAUAUAUAUUCUACCUCUACCUGAAGAAGGAUAGUUCAUUUUUCUCCUUAAAUCAAGAGACUCUCUAGUCUGGAACUAGCUAGUGCCAUGUAUCUGUAUUUUGUAACAUGCUGCAACUUUUGUUAUGAAGUAAUAUUAAUGGUGGUUUUAUAUAAUAUAUAUCCUAAUUUCAA